UUUGAGGAUGGUAGGGCAGAACAACUAAAUCCCAUUUGCCUGUGAUUCCUUAGCCGGAAAACUGUCAAAAUCUGUGGAUAAAUUCAUGCGAUAAGAAAAGGAUGGCAUCUAGAAUAAAUACCAGUUUCACUUUGAUUCCCAACCAGAAAUAUAGACGUAGUAAUCGUCUAUCCAGCAGCUAUUUUUCCAACACCCUUGACUCAGAUUCUCAGCCCUUAUCAACGCUUGGAAAUUUUAAAGCCUUGCCAUUGGAAAUAUUCCAGAUAAUCUUAAGAUAUUUGUCAGUGAAGGAUAUCAGCAUGCUAAGCAUGGUGUCCAAAACAGUCAGCCAGCACAUUAUUAAUUAUAUUUCAACCUCGUCAGGAAGCAAAAGACUUUUACUACAGGAUUUUCAUAACCUUGAGCUGCCUAGCAAGAGACAAGACUCUGCCAUACUGGAACAUUACAGAUCUCUAGGUCUGCUAUUUAAAAGAUGUACGUUGCUGCUACCCACAAGGGAAAGACUAAAGUACAUUCACAAGAUACUGGCAGAAGUUUCCUGUUUUAAAUUCAAUGGCUGUGCAGCUCCUAUCCAAUGUUUAGGAUUACCAUGUUAUGGCAUGUUUUUAAAGACCUUAACAGCAGGUUGGGAUGAACUCGAGUGCCAUCGUGUAUAUAACUUCUUAUGUGAGCUGACUAAUCUCUCCCGCAAGAUGCAGACCGCUGUCUGCAGCAAACCAGGAAGUGCCCGAAAACUGGAGUUAAGGAUCAGACUGUUCUGUAGGAACGUCCUGCUUGAUCACUGGACACAUCAAAGUGAUUCUGCUUUUUGGUUGACACGUAUAUUAAAACCAUGGCCAAUGGUGAAUCAGGCAAGAUUAUUGUAUAUCAUCUUUGGACCAAUAUCUCCUCAAGAUGGACAGGUGGUUUGGCAGAAAAUGAUAGAAGGACCUACAGAUGAAUCCAGUCUGAAAGGUUUGGCUGAUGCUAUUAAAUUACUGUAUGACACAGGCACCAAAGAGUGGACAGCAGAUGAUGUUAUCAGUCUUGUAGAUGAACUAUCAGUGGUUCCCCGUGAGUGGCUUCUAGAGAAUAAUGCACGUCUCCUAAUCCUAAGUGGGAACAACAUCUGUUUCACUUUCAUGGCUAGUAAAGCUGUGAAUGGACGGGCUAUUGAACUGGCAAAGCUGAUAGUCUUUUUGGCUUUGGUGUGUGAGAAAGAACUAUACUGCAUGGAUUGGGCAGUUAAAAUGAUGCAAAAAGUGUGUAAAGUCUUUAGCACUCCCGUGGAAAGAACUAACUUCCUGCAGAGUGUGGCGAAUGCAUUUGCAUGUGUUAUAAUGGAAAUGCUGCAGUCAGUUAUGUCCGGAGACCGUGAUGAAGAUGACAGAAGCUUUCUGAAUUUGUUCCAUCUUGUGCACGCUCAGGCAAACUUCCAUAAGGAGGUCUUGUAUUUGACCAUGAAUACUCUCUCUACCUAAAAACUCAGAAAGCCUUGCAUUUAGAGAAUACCUCACCGAACAAACAAUUGGAAGAGUGCUACUUUUCCACACUCAAAGAGUAGCAUCCAUGGGACUUUUUAUCACCUAAGUAACCUAAGAACUCCAAAGCUGCACAGAAUUUUAGAAGCAACUGCUUGCACCAUUAUUAAUAUAAAAAUUACAGGCAAACACAAGAGUGUAUUGAGAUUUCUCCAGAAAACAAGCUGUGUUUCUCCAGAUUUUGGUAAACCCAACACCCAACUAAAUAGAGCAUUAGUGUCCAAGAAUCGGCGGCCAACCUGUAUGUGUGGAUGUUUGAAGCAAGAGAAAAUUCUGUUUUGUAAGUAGAGGUGACUCAGAUUCACUAAACGCUUAUAUCUGUUCACUUUGCUUAGGUUGUACAGACAUAACCUAGAAUGCUUUAUAAAGAUCUGCAAUAUGAUGCUUUGGAA